AUGGCAUCUUUGUUCACAGGCCUUGCUAGGUUCCUUUGCCUCUUCGGCUUCUUUUGCAGCCUGCCACUAGCCAUCUGCGAUGAAUCCCAAAAUGAUAGACAGGCCCUGCUCUGCUUCAAGUCCCAGCUCUCCGGACCACCCGGAGUUUUGGAUUCAUGGAGUGACGCUUCCCGGGAAUUCUGCGACUGGCGUGGGGUCAUGUGCAGCGCAAUGCCGCCAUUGCGUGUCAUUGCACUGGACCUUGAAUCACAAGGCAUAUCAGGCUCCAUGUCGCCUUGCAUUGCCAACCUCACUUCGCUGGCGAGGCUCCACCUAUCAAACAACAGCUUCCACGGCGGCAUACCGUCCGAGCUCGGCCUCCUGACCCAACUCGCCGACCUCAACCUCAGCAUGAACGCUUUGCAAGGUAACAUCCCGUCUGAACUCUCUGCAUGUUCCCAGCUCCAGGUCCUGGGUUUGGGGAACAAUUCCCUCCAUGGAGAGAUUCCACCUAGCCUUAGUCAAUGCAAAUAUCUUCAAGAGAUUAACCUUAGCAACAACAAGCUCCAAGGGGGCAUCCCUUCUGCUUUUGGAAAUCUUCCUGAGCUGCGCAUACUAGUUCUCGCUAGUAACGGGCUCACCGGCAACAUGCCGCCAUCUCUGGGCAGCAGCCAUGUCCUCACGUACGUCGAUCUUGGGAGGAAUGCUCUCACAGGGGUCAUCCCAGAGUCCUUGGCAAAUAGUUCAGCUCUUCAGGUACUUAGACUCAUGGGAAAUAAUUUUACUGGAGAACUCCCCAAGGCUCUCUUCACCACCUCGUCGCUUAUUGCCAUUUGCCUCCAACAGAACAGUUUUGUUGGUUCAGUACCUCCUGUUACUGCCACAUCCCCCCCUGUUAAAUAUCUUGAUUUAAGGAACAACCAUCUUUCAGGAAGGAUACCUUUCUCAUUAGGGAACCUUUCCUCCCUAGUUCAUCUUCGUCUCACAGAUAAUCAGUUAGUUGGGAGCAUCCCAGAGAGCUUAGGCUACAUUCCAACACUGCAGAAACUGAGCUUGAGCGUGAACAACUUAUCUGGGCCAAUUCCACUGUCUCUCCUCAACAUGUCAUCCCUGAGAAUUCUUACCUUAUCGGAAAACUCAUUAAUCGGAAGAUUGCCAUUUGACAUAGGCUACACGCUCCCGAAUAUUCAGGCCUUGUUGCUCUCAAAGAACAAUUUUGAUGGCCCAAUCCCAGCCUCCCUCCUCAAAGCUUACCACCUAUACAUGCUUUACCUGAAUCAUAAUAGCUUUACUGGAUCCAUACCAUUCUUCGGUUCAUUGCCAAAUUUAGAGCAACUUGAUUUGGCACACAACAACCUAGAGGCAGGUGAUUGGGGAUUUGUCUCUUCACUCUCACAUUGUACUAGGUUAACUAAACUGAUGCUGGAUAGCAACAAUCUCCAAGGGAAACUGCCAAGUUCAAUCGGUAAUCUUUCCAAUAGUCUUCAGUGGUUGCUGCUAAGUAGCAACAACAUUUCUGGACCUAUACCAUCGGAGGUUGGUAACCUUAAGAGCCUCAACAUCUUGUACAUGAGUAACAAUAGUCUCACUGGCAAUAUACCAGCAACACUUGGGAAUUUACAAAGUUUGGUUGAUCUAUCCCUUUCACAGAACAUGCUUUCAGGCCUAAUUCCAGAUAUUACUGGUAAUCUCGUCCAGUUGAGUAUGCUGGAAUUGGAUCACAACAACUUUAGUGGAAGGAUACCCGCAAGUCUAGCAAGAUGUACUCGACUCAAAAUACUCAAUCUUGCUCACAACUCACUGGAUGGGCCAAUACCAAGUAAGAUCUUCAAAAUCUCUACACUCUCUGAAGAGUUAGACUUGUCAUACAAUUAUUUGUCGGGAAGAAUGCCAGAGGAAGUUGGUAGCCUCAUUCAUCUGAAGAAAAUGAACAUGUCAAAUAACAGGCUGUCUGGCAACGUCCCGUCAACUCUCAGCCAGUGUGUGGAUCUGGAGUAUCUUGACAUGCAAAGCAAUUUCUUUGUAGGAAGCAUUCCACAGUCUAUUGCCAGAUUAUCCAACUUAAAAAAUAUGGAUAUUUCUCAGAAUAAUUUAUCCGGAGAAAUACCAGAGCCCCUCAAAUCCUUGAAAUCCCUCCAGUACCUCAAUUUAUCCUUCAACCAUUUUCAUGGUGAAGUUCCAAGAGGUGGUGUUUUCGACAUUGCUGGUGCAGUGUCAGUUGAAGGAAAUUAUCAUCUCUGUACAAGCAUUCCAACAGGAGGCAUGUCCCUUUGUUCUGCACUGGUUGACAAGAAAAGAAAACACAAGUCAUUGGUUCUGGUCCUAGCGAUUGUGUUGCCGAUUGUUGUUGUCACUAUAAUUAUUUUGUCAUGUAUUGUGGUAAUUUCUCGGAAGAAGAGAAUGCAAUCCAAUCCCCAUUUACAACAUGUCAACGAGCACAUAAAGAACGUAUCAUAUGAAGACGUUGUAAGGGCAACUGAUCGAUUCUCUUCUGCAAACUUAAUUGGUUCUGGAUCAUUUGGAAGGGUUUAUAAGGGCAGUCUCCAGUUUCAAGAUCAAGUUGCCAUCAAGAUUUUUGACCUUGACAUUUAUGGAGCACAUAGGAGCUUCAUAGCAGAGUGUGAAGCCCUUCGUAAUGUGCGCCAUCGAAAUCUUGUAAGAAUCAUUACUUCAUGCUCUUCAGUGGAUCAUACUGGGGCAGAUUUCAAGGCCCUAGUGUUCCCAUACAUGCCAAAUGGUAACCUAGAAAUGUGGCUACAUCCGGCGGAUCAUGAACAUGGUGAAAGAAAUACUCUGUCAUUAAGCCAAAGGAUUAAUGUAGCCUUGGAUGUAGCAUUUGCUUUGGAUUAUCUUCACAACCAGUGUGCAUCUCCAAUUAUACACUGCAACUUGAAGCCAAGCAAUAUUCUUUUGGGUCUUGAUAUGGCUGCAUACGUCAUCGACUUUGGCCUAGCAAAAUUUUUGUUCAGCGCACCAAAUGCACAUCAAGACAGAUCAAUAAGUGCCUGCCACCUAAAAGGAUCCAUAGGAUACAUUCCACCAGAGUACGGCAUGAGUGAACAGAUAUCAACCAAGGGUGAUGUCUACAGUUUUGGGGUGCUUCUGUUACAACUGAUAACAGGGUGCAGUCCAACUGAUGAUAAAUUCAGUGAUGGUAUAAGCCUUCAUGAAUUUGUUGAUAGAGCAUUUACAAAGAAUAUUCAUGAGGUUGUUGAUCCCACAAUGCUACAAGAUGAUAUGAAUCAAGUUUCUACUGAGAUCCUUAGAAUCAAGCACGCGGCCUCACAAAUGCGUGCCAGAUGA